ACCGAGCGAGUGAGCGCCGGCUCCGGCCAAGCGGAGCGGAGCCGAGCUCCGGCCUCACUGAGCCCUCCGGACACCCAGCACUGAGCACCAGCCGCACUGAGAGCGGAGCCCCGGACACUCGGGCACCAGCUCCGGACACACACACACACACCCUUUGUGUUGUUUGCCGCUCACACAGGAGGAUGGAGACGCACAGCGAGAUGCUGGAGUUGGCGGAGGAGGCUUUCCGGGCCCGUAACUACGAGCUGGCGGCCGAUAUCUACGAGUGUCAGCUGCAGGAGCGCGGGCCCGAGCGCCGCCUGUACCUCGGCAAGGCCCGCUCGCUGGCCCGCUCCGCCCGGCUCAACGAGGCCUUCGAAACGUACCAGAAAGCCUCGGAGCUGGGCCGCCUGCUGCCCGAGAACCUACAGGAGCUGCUGGAAGCCAUCGCCGCCAGUAUCCGGAGCAAAGACCUGGACCGGCAGCGGAGGAAGAAGCCGGAGCGACAGCCCCAGACUGCGGGCCGAGUCGGGGGCUCCCACACUCCCAGGUCGAGCGACGAGGAAGAGGAGGAAGCGGAGUCGGACGUGUUCAGCUGCCGCCUGUGCCUGGUGUUGCUGUACGAGCCCAUCACCGUGCCCUGCGGCCACACCUUCUGCAAGAGUUGCCUGGAGAAGCAGGCGGCCGCCGAGUGCAAGCUGUGUGGGCGGCCGCUCCACAAGGGGCAGGCGGCCACCCCGACCCCCGGCGAAACCCCAUCGGCCGCCGCCGCCUCCCCCGGACCUAACUUCAGACUCAACGUUGUGUUGUGUAACCUGUUGGGCAAGUGGUUCGCGGCCGAGAGCCAGGCCCAGCGUCUGCGGCCCGAGGCCGAGCAACUGUGCCACAACCGCAACUACUCCGCCGCUUUGGAGCUCUACAACCAGGCACUGAGUUUGGCACCUCAUGACUACUUGAUGCUCUGUAACCGUGCAGAAUUGCAUAUAAAUAUGGGAAAUUAUAAGGAAGCUCUUCAUGAUGGAGAAACAGCAUGUACACUUAAACCAUUAAGGACAAAGAGCCAUUUUUGGAAAGCUCGGGCUCUGGCUGCAUUAUGCAGAAGUGAAGAAGCUUUGAAAGAGUAUAUCUAUUGCAUUGCUUUGAGACCAGACUGGAAGUCAGUAAAAUUAGAAGCACAAAAGAUCUUGUGUGAUAUGUUUUCACCCGUCUUGGAAAAUAUGCAGGACAGCCUACCAUCCAACAUGCGACGGCAGUCAUCUUACACAAGACCUAAACCUACCUUUCUCAGCUCCUUUAGCUCUCCUCCUGCCAAAGAGGAUACAAAUUCUGGAACUUCCAAGAUGAAUAAAAUGUCAAUGCAAGAUUCAGAUGUCUCCAAUCAAGUAUUUAAAAGGGCCGAGACAACUCUGGAUGAGAUGACAGUGAUGACAGAACCCACUCCAUCUAGUUUAACUGCUGGCAGCUUGAAGAGAAAGCAAUCAUGUGACCCAGAGACCUGUCAUAGCUUAACAAUUCCAAGCAAAAUGGCUAAAAAAGGUGAUUUUGGAACUCGGACACAUGAAGAUUUUAAAGCAACGAGAGAAGUUUCUUCUGAGCUUAUUGAUGCAUCUGAUUUGGAAUGUUCCCUGUGUAUGAGGUUGUUUUAUGAGCCUGUGACCACUUCCUGUGGACAUACCUUCUGUUUGAAAUGUCUUGAGCGUUGCCUGGAUCACAAUUCAAGUUGUCCACUCUGUAAAGAAAAUCUAGCAGAGUAUCUGGCAAUGAGAGCUUUCAGUAAAACUUUAUUGACAGAAGAAGUGAUUGUUCGAUACCUACCUGAAGAACUAAAAGAAAGAAGGAAACUUUAUCAGGAGGAAAUCAAGGAGCUUUCCAACUUAAAUGAAGACGUUCCAAUUUUUGUCUGCACAAUGGGCUUUCCAACAAUACCUUGUCCUCUUCAUGUUUUUGAACCACGUUAUCGACUCAUGAUUCGCAGAAGUAUGGAAAUAGGCACCAAGCAAUUUGGAAUGUGCAUUGGAGAUGACCUGAAAGGGUUUGCUGAUUAUGGCUGUAUGCUGGAAGUCAGAAACGUAAAGUUUUUUCCUGAUGGACGAUCAGUUGUUGAUACAAUUGGAAAGCACCGAUUUAAGGUCUUAAGCCAUGGCCAAAGGGAUGGUUAUAAUACUGCCAAUAUUGAGUAUCUUGAAGAUAAAAAGGUGGAAGGGGAGGAGUAUAAUGAACUUGUCCAACUGCAUGACUCAGUAUAUGAUCAGGCUUUGACUUGGUUCAAUUCUCUCAAGGACAACAUGAGGACUCAAAUUCUCAAUCACUUUGGGCCAAUGCCAAAAAAAGAGCCAAGUCCUCAGUCAAAUCCAGAUGGUCCUGCCUGGUGCUGGUGGCUACUGGCUGUGUUACCUUUAGAAAGUCGGGCUCAGCUAGCUGUUCUUGCUAUGACCUCUCUUAAAGAUCGCCUUAUUGCCAUUCGACGAGUAUUGUUGUUUGUGAUUCGAAGACGGCCUCGAUGAUGGAUGAUUGAUCUUUCCUGUUAACCUAAUAGUGGGAUUUACAGCUGCAUUCCAAAUGUUUGUAAGACUAGAGCAUCAAAAGCCAAAUACAAAAGUUUAGUCCUGUAAUUAAACUGAAAAGCAAGAAAUAUUUAUUUCCCAGAAAUAUAUUGGUGAUCAAAUUUGGGAAAGUUUUUUUUGCGCUACAUGGUUAAGGAAUCCAAUAAUAUAAUUAUAAUCAUGAAGUGGAGGAAAUGACAGAAUCUGAAUUCAAAAUGUGCUCAGAGGGUUGUCUGAUUAUUCGAGAAUUGUACUUGAUUUUAUUUGGACUCUGGAGUUCACUAACCAGGAUUAACCUUGAUUGUGAGCAAAGGCAAUGCUAUGUGUUGCCAAAUUGUUUUAUUUUGUUUUAUAUUAAAAUUGUUGCAAAAUAUUCUGUCCUGUUCUAUUCAGUAUGAAAUUGAAGGUGUCCAGGGGUAGAAAGAAGUGGUUGCUAGGCAAUGCAAAUUUUGCCUUCCAUGUCAAAGCACACCUUGGUGUCCAUAUGUAAAAAGCAGCAACCUGUUUCACCUAAUUCAAAAAUUGUGCAGUUUAUGUGCAGCUUUAGUAAAAUUAUGUUGGUCGGUUUCCUCAUUCACUAGUGGAUGCAAAAGAAUUUGGAAUGCAAGAUAAAUAGUUGCUGCCAAACCAUUUCAGAUGGUUUCAUUAAAUAGACAGACAAUAAUGUGCUGCAGGCAGACUCACCUGGGAAUCUUCUGUGCUGCACUCGCCAUCUUAAACAUUGGGCCGACCGGUAGAUGGGGCCCCCAAGUGUGAAAUCGUGGUUGUUCUCGAGAAGAUAUCAAGGGCAUUGAUUAGAAGAUACAAGGGACAUGAGGCCCAAUUAUUGAUUCUUAUCGGUACCUGGGGUGGCAGUGGAUACCAACUUUUGUUUGGACAUGGUCCUGAAGGACCAUCCAAAGAAGGGGCGAAGGGCACUCUUGUGUUCCUUUUCAAGGACAGCAAGAUCCCAAUGCAGGUCACGCUUAUAGCUACAACCUGUGUGCAAAAUGUUUUCCUUUAUGGAUCUGAGCUGCGGAUUCAGGGAAGAGGCUUCCUCUAACCCAUUUGCAUAGCUCAGGAACAAGCAGUGAGGUGGAUUUAUGGGAAGCAAUAGCAGGAGGGAGGGCUCUGGCCUACACUGACCUGUCACUUAAGGACACUGGAGGUGAGAACUAAACUGAAAUAAAUCAAAGUCAAAUGGCUUUCUCUAGCAUUGAUGAAUACAACCCUCACUACAAAGUUAAUGUUAAACUGGAAGGGACAGACUUUUAUUUUGCACAAUUUUAUUAACGGGAAGUUUUUUUUUCUAUUUCACUAUUUAUCCGAUAUAUUAACUAAUGCUCUUCAUCCCAAUUAUUGGUAUUUACUGGUGGAAAUUAUUUUUGCGAGUUUUUUAAAAAGUUACCAAUGUGCUUCCACUUGACCGGUGUACUGAUGACUGGUAAAUCUAAUAUUGGUUGUACCUCCUUUAUUCUAAUUUUUUAAUUGUUUGACUUCUCAUUUAUCAUUGAAAUAAACCUUCAGUUUGUAAUAGUUGAGCCUUGUUAACACAAAUGUUAUAAUUUGUGUUAUGAGCCUUUUAGCUGUAGAAAGGAAGCUCUUUAAUUGAUACAGGAAAAUGUAUAUGAACUGAUGCUUUCUUCCCCAACUCAUCCCAGUUAUUUAUAUUUUCUGCCUCCUGAUCUUCAUUUAUUUGCUCCUUAUAUUUUCUCUUUCCUUUAAAUUUUGUAACAGAUUAACUCCACAUUGUUCAGUCAGAUCAGUAUUGGUCUUCAUGAUCAUUAACACACAACCAAUUGACUAUUCAGAUUGUGUAUGAACCCCCCACAAGCCUAAUUGUAGUAUUUAAAUGUUGAACACUUGAAUGUUUGUGGAAUAUAUGUGACAUCAGCACAUGCUUAAAAAAAUCAAAUGAGCUACUGUGAAUUGUCCAGGUUUGCAAUAUUAUUUUUUAAAAAUGUGCCAUCUUACUGUAUGGUAAUUUACCACAAUGAUCCAUUGUUAAUGUGUUGUAACACGUUUGCUGAAUUUAUACAAUUUCAUAUACAAUUUGACACUACUUGCUUUGAUACCUUAAGCUUUAUGCACUGGUUCUUGAAGUUAAAAGUUAGGAUACUAUUUUUGUUACAGGAAUAUGGUUCACAAUAAAAGAUUACCCCUUGAUAUGUCAGAUUUAAUUAAAAUUUGUGCUUAUCUUGGUUACGGUUUCUGAUGUACAGUGGAUAAAAUGCAAAUCUACAAAUGCAGAGAAUAUUUAUAGUGCAAAUAGGAUUGCUUUUAGGAUUGUUGCACUAUUAAAUUACACUCGUACAAUGUACUUGUAACUGUGAUUGCAUUGGCACCACAAAAUCAUUGUCGACACAACAAUUCUAAAAAAAUGCAAAUUCACUGUAGAAUGUUUCGGUUUUCACACUAAAUACUGGAAAAAGAAUUGCUGUUAGUCUUUACCAUGUUGCAAUACAUAAUAAUCAAAAGGGAUCUGGCAUUGAGUAUUUUAACUUCUAAAAUAGACCUAUUGUGCACUGUAAUAUGUAAGAACUCCAGAUCAGUUUACAUUGAUUAUAGUUGUACUUGGUACGCUACCUCAUUGUGAUUGAAAACUGUAUGAUGUUAGCUUUUCUGUUUUAUACUUCAAGGACCCGUGUAAAGGAUUCUUCAUAAAUUGUUUUAUGUGAUUGAGGCCUUUUAUCUAGUCUAGAUAUUUCCAGUUAACUGUUUAAAUGUCUUUAGUGAACUGUUGUGUGGUAUAGCUGGAAAAUAUUAUCUAUUUCCAUUUGUUGCCUUUUGUUUAAAACAAAACAUUAGUACAAUAUGCUGCAAGGUUAGUUUUUGUACAUAUGUAUUAUACAAAGUUCAAAAUAUAUUUAUUUGGAUUAAACAUUUCUGAAAUUA